CGAGGCAGACGGGCGAUGCAGAUAUCAACAACUACCUAUAGGGGGGGAGCCGAGUGACGCCAGGGCAUGCAUGAGCAGUGAGGCAGGCGAACGCAGCAGAUCAACCGAGUUACAUGAAUUGCAUCCUCACCUUCCGCCGGCAGCCAGCGGGCGCCUAUGUGUCAGACUCACUGCCCGCAUCUAAUUGACUCCUGAAGCCAUAACUUGGGAGCAUGGCCGCCGAUUUGCAUUUCCUUGCAAUACCCGUCGAGAUCCGUCUCGCAAUCUAUGAUCACUACUUGACAGAGCAUCAGCGAGUCUCACAGACCCGUCAACCGUCAAACCAGCAUCUGGGAUUGCUCCACACGUGCAGACAAAUAUAUCACGAAGCUGGGCCGCUAUUUCAGGGAUAUGUUUCGCUGAGAAAUGAGUGGCAGAUCAAAGCAUUUCUCCAGCAUGCGGACAGCCUCCUUAAAGCCCAAGUAUACUGGGCUGACGUGGCCAAUGACGGCCGUGUUCUCUCUACCGGUGGAAGCGCGCAAGCCGCAUUGCCGUUAUCUGUGCUCUACCUCGCACUCCGUCGCAUGACAUCCCUCAGACGCCUUCGGGUAUUCCAGUGCCGCCAGGGGCUACCUGUGGACCUGGACAAAGUGGCUAAAACCCGUCUUGCUAUAAGAUUUGAGUACGCAAUGGUCCUGUCAGAAAGUCUCAAACAAUUAUCCGCGUACGAGCUCUUUUUGGACCAGGAGACAAGGAUCUAUCCGUUCGAGACUGUUACCGCAGAUCGUAUCAACAGGCUACGGUUGUCAGGCGAAUGUCAUCUUCCAGCCUCACUAUCCACACCAGCUCUCCGCCACAUCACGCUACAUGGGGUCACCGGAAACUAUUUCGACCAGCACAACCUCACAGACUGUUUCACAGGAGCUGCCCUCGAAUCAUUUUCCUACGGACUCGCGCACCGGCUUGGCUUCGAGAUCCGGAAUCGUCAUGUCGAAUCGCUGGUUGGCCUCUCCGGUGGCCGGCUGCGCAAGCUAGUCUUACUCAGCUGCAGUCGCCUCACAAGCACUGCCAUCGCCACAUGCCUGGAAGGCUUGCCCCUUUUGGAGCACUUUGCCCUGAGCCUCGUCACGGUGGACGAGCUUCGGACAAACUUCGUUUUGUCGCUGCACCCCACGGUCGCCAUAGUCAAGCUUCAGGUCGUAAAUGCCUGGUAUGCCAUACCCAUGGAGGCAGAGGAGCAGGCACUGUGUGACGCCCUUGAAUCUACUGUGAUGAAACGAAAGCCGCCGCCCCGAGAAAUUUGGGUUAGCUUCAGGAACAAAGUGAUGUCCGAGAACGGUCGCGAGAAAAGAUGGAAGGCCAUUGCUGAGAUUCAUCGGUUUAAACUAAACAUUGGACCUUGGGAGGAUGUUAACAUGAAGGAAUUGUAACCCCGAAUCAGACUUCAGAGCGAUACCUGGGAUAUAGGCGCUACGAUCUGGAUUACAAUUUAUCGCAGAUGGUCCGUAAACGUUACAUGGUAAAUGGUAGCAACUGUGUAACAUAGUAUAUGACGAAGGUCCGGACAGUACAAGGAUAUGAUGCGGGUAACGUAUGCUAACGCAAAGUCCAAAGUCCUCGCAGGAAUGAGUCGCA